UCGCGAGUUCUCGUGAGAGUUUUCUUUCCCGAGGAGGAAACAUCAGCAUGAAGUCAAUAAAGAUUUUAAUUUUUCUCCUGUUUAUGAGUGAGUUGUAGUAUUUUCAUUGAUGCCGUUACAAGGCGAACACGUUCAGUAAGUACUAACGAUGAAGUUGCAGCACUGACCAGGAUUGUAGCAGACCCGUGAAGGCACGUGCGAAUGCUCGUUCGGAGAACUUCCAAAGAAACUUGUUGUUCGCAAACUCACGAAGAACCGCACACGUACGUGAACCACAACGAAUAAUGAACCUUCCAACCGCGCGGAACGAGCAGCGAUUUUCGAGAUCUGGCCGGACCCGACGAGGCUGAGGCUGGAAAAACCAAACAUUCUGAGGAACGCCCCGAACAUCCCCCGCCUCGCCCGACGACGCCGACACUGCAGCUAGCGGAACGUUCGAACAGCGCGCCGUGUGAUCAUGUCUUCGGGAACGUUCGUCGACAAGAUCGACCCGUUUUCGAAGAAGUCGCUGCGGAGGAAGGAGAAGCGGUCGCAGGGCUCAUCGCAGUACCGCAUCCACAGCGGACAGGAGCUGACGCCGCUCACACUGCUUAAGGAUGUGCCGCCGUCGGAGCAGCCCGACCUGUUUGCGAAGAAGCUGCAGCAGUGCUGCAUGGUGUUCGACUUCAUGGACCCGGUCGCCGACCUGAAGAGCAAGGAGGUGAAGCGCGCCUGCCUUAACGAGCUCGUCGACUACAUCACGGCCAACCGCGGCGUGCUCACCGAGCCGCUCUACCCGGAGGUCGUGCGCAUGGUCUCACACAACAUGUUUCGAACAUUGCCACCGAGUGAAAACCCGGAGUAUGAUCCAGAGGAGGACGAUCCAACGUUGGAAGCUUCUUGGCCGCACAUGCAGAUAGUGUAUGAGUUUUUCUUGAGGUUUCUUGAAUCACCAGACUUCCAACCUAGCAUAGGAAAGAAAUAUAUCGAUCAGAAAUUUGUACUGCAGUUGCUGGAGCUGUUUGACAGCGAGGACCCACGAGAGCGGGACUUCCUCAAGACGGUCCUGCAUCGGAUAUACGGCAAGUUCCUCGGUCUACGAGCGUACAUCCGUAAACAGAUCAAUAACAUAUUUUUGAGAUUUAUAUACGAGACGGAGCAUUUUAACGGCGUUGGGGAGCUGUUGGAGAUAUUAGGAAGUAUUAUCAAUGGAUUUGCACUACCACUGAAACACGAGCAUAAGGCUUUCCUCGUGAGGGUUCUCAUACCUCUACACAAGGUCAAGUGUCUGGGGCUCUACCAUGCUCAGAGAGAGGAAGAAGGAGAAGGAGAGAGAGGAGCUGUGGCGCAAGCUGGCCGAGCUGGAAGUGAACUGCAACGUCAACAGGCAUAUAGACAACAAAUCGCGCAAGCUGAAUUCAUCAGUGAAACCGAUCACUUCAUAGAGAAUUGUACGAGAGUCGACACGACGAAAGGUCCAUGUUUCACUCUAUUAGUCGGUCAUCGGGGGCGGCUGUUCCGGUAAAGCGUAGGCCAGUUUUUCAGUGUUUCUCCCUCUAAACGAAUAAUUAAUCAAUCACCUUUAUGUGGCUUUGGAUUGACACAGUGGAGCGCAUGACCAGUGGAACUGUCGAUGUGACCGUGGACACAGACGGACGAACGCUCGCACCCACACUCGCGCACACGCCUGCUCGCACACCCGCUCGCGCACGGACAUGCUCACACAUGCUCGCGCGCGCAUACGUGCACACACACAACCACAUGCACAUGGAUAACCAUACACACACCCACAGAUGCACGCACGCACACGCACGCACACAUAUACGCACAUGCGCACAGCCACGCAUGCGCGCGAGCAUGCACGCACACGUGCCCGGCGUACAGUCGCGGUUGUGUUUAAUGGCACCGUGUUUUGCCGGAACACUCAUACGCUGCUGCUUUCAUGGGAGCAGCUGCGGUUUACGAGAAUCCAUCGGCUUUAUUCUCAAACGGAGCCGCUGGUCGCAAGUAACACUCUUUUAAUAGUCGGCAUCUACAUUAAAACUCCACGUUCGUAUACAAAUGCGUGUCGAUAACAAAACCGAACGAGAGCAGUCGCCAAAAUUCGUCUCCCGGCACUCUCGUUGUCACGGUUACCCCCGGAAUGCUCCACGACAUUCGUCCCGGCGCUCACGUUGUCACGGUUACCCCCGGAAUGCUCCGCGACAUUCCACAUGCCACUUCGCGGCGGCGAUCUCUCCUCUACUGCGUGGCAAGUGUUUCAGUCGGCGCGCUGCAGCCUGGCCUCGACACGUCGUAACGCGCGCCGCACGACGCAUCGGAAGAAUUUACGCUCGCAUGAUGACGCCCGUUAUCGAGGCGUUAUGGGAGCGAGUUAUUGCUUAUUCGUCUGUCGCCGAGAGAGACGACGACGACGACGACGACGAGAGAGAAGCCAUGUUUGAAGCAUUUGCGCAAAUUCGGAAGCCUGCCUCUUCUCUGGAGUUCAUCAUUCAGCGCGAGAUCGCGGUUGCGAUAUUUCGUCGUGUGUCGCGGAGAAGGUUUGACUAGUUGUAGCAACUCUCUGUUUCAGAAGUCGGCAAGAAUGCAUACUGACUUGGGGAGAUGCGAUUCAAAAUGUCGAUAGUCUCGUCGUUAGUCUUCUUUCACUGCACGUGCCGGUAAAAAAUCUAGUAAAAUGCUGGAUUUCCAUAAGCAAAGGCUGUUAAGAGAGAGAGAGAGAGAGAGAGAGAGAGAAUUGGCAUUCAGGUGUCGAGAACGAAAUGUUAACAUAAUCAAUCGAUAUCACAGUCAUUGUAUUGAUUAGUAUCGGCACGUGGUAACAGACAUGCACCCACCCCCACCCCACUACAGCUACGCAUCCAUACAUAGCUGCUAGGACAGAGCUGCUGACUGAAGUACUUGAUAGCGUGGCUGCCGUGCAAUAUCGCUCCCACGUCACAGGCCACGGGUGACCGGUAACGCACGGCCAUAUGUACGGUGGCGGUGCGACACUGAACCAGCAGCUAAACCAGGCACCUAUCUUCUACGUAAUUAUUGUUAUUAUUAUUAUUAUUGUUAUUAUUAUUAUCUCUGGCUACGCUGGGCGAUGAGGCACGGUCGUCAGCCCCACAGCCGACAUAACCUGAUCUCCUGACAGUAACGCCCCCUAGUGUCAGCCCCGCAGUUCGCGCGAGUAGCUGUACUCUCUGCGUGCGCCCUCUCUGGUGUCGGCAUUGCAGCUUGUGUAAAAUCAAAAAAAGCCGAUGGAGGAGAGAACUGAUGCCAGUCGCGCGCGUCGAUGGAAACGCACGUAGUGCGACUGUCGCCGUGGCUCGUCGUUUGCUCGCAGGGCUUAUUAAUUGCGUCGAAUUUUCCCCCUGGUGGUCAGUUUAGUUAAUACGCCGGGAGAGGGCGGGUCGGUCGCGUCGUUAGGCUGCUUGGUCAGCUGCUCGUACAUCCGCGGCUAGCCGCUGCCGGCGCGCGUCUGUCUGUCUGGCUGGCUGGCUGGCUGGUGUGCGGCAGUGCGGUGUGUUUCGUUUCCUAACGCGGCGACGUCGUGUUGAAGUGUUGCAGUCGGUCACAAAACCCCCCUACGUAUGUACGUGGAUGUUUUAGAACGCAACAUCAUCUCGAGAGAGAAAGAGACUGGUUAGUGUUCGUGCGGAUCGAGUGUGCGUGCGUUCAUGUUCGCAGGCAGUUACUGCCAAUGUUUCGGCACCGGCUGCGUGUCUAGCUGCUCUCGUUCGAAACCAACGAAAUUUCGGCGGUGGGCGGGCGCGUCUAACGAGUUGUUGUCCCCCCGAGGUAAUCUCUCCCUUUCCCCCGUGUGGAACUCUACGUAUCGGGGGUCCCGGAUCCGGAAUCCCGGUCUGCGUGACGGCCCCCCAGAUGCGGAUUAUGUGCGUGCGGCGUGCGGAUUUGUUAUUUAAGACGCGUUCGUUCUCUGCGAGUCGCCUGUCGAGAGAGUUUUGACGCACUUGUCAUCGUAUAUCAUACACUAAAUAUAACCUUGUAUGUACGUGUAAUAAUGUACCGCCUGGUUUAAUAAAAGGUACAUGGUAUACGUCGCGAGAGAACCUGAUAUUCUUAAGCGGCUUGCAUUGCCAUGCAGAUACUGCGACUACUCUGUGUUUUCUCGGCUGUAUGCAAGUGCAGGCAUUGGCUGUUUAUCACACGGCAUUUAGCACCUUGUCGCGCGCGCGCACACACACACAUACACACACACACACACACACACACACACACACACACACACACACACACACACACACACACACACACACACACAACUCUUUAAACAUCAUAUAACGUGUAGAUAUUAGAGUGAGCGAGAGAGAGAGAGAGAGAAAGAGAGAAUAAAAGCUAUCGUUUUAUUUUGUGUUGGAAAAAACGGGGUCCCGGGGUGUAAAGUGAUGUGGAUUUACGAUGUAAUGAUAACCGAAUAAUAACCUAUUGUUACCGACUUUACUGCUUAUUCCCUCUUACAUUGUUUGUGUUCUCGCGUCAGCAGCAGCAGCAGCAGGAGCAGCAGGAGGCUAUCUGCUAUCACUGGCUCUCUCACUGCUUAUUAUCGUGGUCAUACUGUGAUGGAUGGCUGCGAAGUUUGCCGACGAUGAAUUGCUGAUAUGUUGCUGUUGUUGCGCGGAGUUGUUGACGUGUCGUUUUGUUCGUGUAAAGAAGCUGAAGAAUUGAAGUGUUUGAUUAUUGCAGAGGGUUCUCUCUGAAACGGUAUAUCUUACAGAUAAUUUAGUAAGUGCACACACAUACACGUGGUAGUCAUUGUUUGAUAUUCUGCAGCUAGUGGCGCAGGUGCGACGUCAGGCGUUGGUGAAGGCGCGCGGUCAGUGUUCAGUGACGUCACGCCGUCAUCGAGGUGACGUCAUUAGAUGGGAAUGGUUUUUUGAUUCGCUUUCAAUUUGGUGCGCGGGGUUUCCCUUUUCCUCCCUCCUCCUCUCUGCCGCGUCACCACCACCACCAUCCCACCAGCACCACCACCACCACCAGCACCACCACUCUGACGUAUUUAGAACAUUGCUGUUGUACGUUUUCAUCAUAAAUGCUACUCUUCUGACAUGAAAAAAAUUGCAUGUUUGUAAAGAAUUGUGUACAGUGCGGGUGCUGACUGUAAUGUGUAUUGUGCCGACGUAGCUAAGCCUGAUGUUUGUAAAUAACACUGUAAGAUAGGGAAGACACAUACUAAUGCAACCCAGCUUGUUGGUGAUGUGUUCAUGUAACCCAUACAGCUGUAAAAUACACCCUGUGUCAGGUAGAGGACCGACGUGUAUUUCAAAUUUAUGCUGUCAGUUAAAUAAAAUGAACAGUACAUGUUUAUCUCAUAUCA